CGGUGUGGGGCUGCAAUUCCGGGAAAAGCGAGGAAAGAUACCGUCUGCAAUUAUGCCGCACCCCCCACCCACCUCUUAGCAUCUGUAUUCUGCUCUCUGGGGGCCGAGGACCCUCCCUACCACAAUUCUGUUACUCUCCAGCACUCUCACCACCUCCCCUGCUUCGUCGGCCAUCUGACUCUCUUAUGGGAUCCGCACGGUGAAGGACUGCUAGUCUCGGAUGGAAAGUAGCCACCAGUGCAACUCGGGUCGCCCCCACUAUUACUUCGGGGGAGUGGCCACAGCUGGUCUUAUCUGGUGGUGAGUGGCUGUCAUGAUCUCUACAGCACCGCUCUACAGCGGCGUGCACAACUGGACCAGUUCUGACCGGAUUCGCAUGUGUGGCAUCAACGAGGAGAGAAGAGCACCUCUUUCUGAUGAGGAGUGCACGACAGGUGACUGCCAGCACUUUGGAUCUCAGGAGUUUUGUGUCAGCAGCAGUUUUUCCAAGGUGGAGCUCACAGCAGUUGGAAGUGGCAGCAAUGCCCGGGGGGCAGACUCAGAUGGCAAUGCGACAGAAAAACUUGGGCCCAAGUCGGAAGAGCAGCCUGAUGACCCCCAGCCGAAAAUGGACUAUGCUGGGAACGCAGCAGAGGCCGAGGGCCUCCUGGUGCCACUGAGCAGUGCAGGAGACGGGCUCAAGCUGCCCACGUGUGAUAGCGCUGAGGCUGGCGAGAGCAGGGCUGACUGCUCCUGGACUGCCCUCAGCACCCAAAUGAGCAAGCAGGUGGACUGCUCGCCGGCCGGGGCAAAGACUCUGGACUCUCGCCACGGUGUCGGGGACAAGAACACUUUCAUCUUGGCAACUCUGGGAACUGGAGUCCCCGUGGAGGGGACCCUGCCUCUGGUUACCACUAACUUUACUUCGCUGCCCGCCCCCAUCUGUCCGCCUGCUGCCGGGUCAGCGUCCGCGCCCGCAUCCGCUCCAGAUUCAUUCCAGGUGCCCCUCUCCGUCCCGGCCUCGGUGCCCCAUUCUGGGCUGGUUCCAGUCCAAGUUGCCACUUCAGUUUCAGCUCCCUCUCCCCCCUUAGCACCCGUCCCGGCUCUGGCUUCGGCACCACCCUCAGUGCCCACGCUCAUCUCUGAUUCGAGCCCCCUUUCUGUUUCAGCCUCCGUCUUGGUGCCCGUGCCAGCUUCUGCACCCCCCUCGGGCUCGAUUCCCCUGUCGGCUGCAGCUGCUACUGCCCUCUCUGUCCCAGUUUCGGCGCCUCCCUUGGCACUGAUCCAGGCCCCUGUGCCCCCUUCAGCUCCUACGUUGGUUCUCACUCCUGUCCCCACUCCUGUUCUGGCUCCCAUGCCGGCGUCCACACCUCCCGCAGCUCCCGCUCCUCCGUCUGUGCCGAUGCCCACCCCGACCCCAUCCUCCGGGCCGCCUUCUACCCCCACCCUCAUCCCUGCCUUUGCUCCUACGCCGGUGCCUGCCCCCACCCCGGCCCCAAUCUUUACUCCAGCCCCCACACCCAUGCCGGCUGCCACACCAACUGCCAUUCCCACCUCGGCACCCAUCCCGGCCUCCUUCAGUUUGAGUCGGGUGUGCUUUCCCGCAGCUCAGGCACCAGCUAUGCAAAAAGUCCCCCUGUCCUUUCAGCCGGGGACAGUGCUGACCCCAAGCCAGCCACUGGUCUAUAUCCCCCCUCCGAGCUGUGGACAGCCACUCAGUGUAGCCACACUGCCAACCACCCUGGGGGUCUCUUCCACUCUUACGCUCCCAGUCCUGCCAUCCUACCUGCAGGACAGGUGUCUCCCAGGGGUGCUGGCCUCCCCAGAGCUCCGGUGUUACCCGUAUGCGUUCUCCGUGGCCCGGCCUCUGACUUCAGAUUCCAAGCUGGUUUCCCUGGAGGUGAGCAGGCUGCCCUGCACCUCCCCGUCCAGCAGUAUCGCCACCCAGACUGCGCCCGACGGGGUCCCUGGGCCUUUGGCAGAUACCUCCCUCACCACUGCUUCUGCCAAGGUGCUUCCAAACCCGCAGCCUUUGCUGCCGCCCCCCAGCGGGAGCGCAGCCCCGCUGCAUCCCACCAAGCUGCCGGGUGGUGCUGAGCAGCAAACAGAAGGGACAUCCGUGACCUUCUCGCCCCUCAAGUCGCCGCCACAACUGGAGCGAGAGAUGGCCUCUCCAUCUGAGUGCAGCGAGAUGCCCCUCGACCUUUCCUCCAAGUCCAACCGCCAGAAGCUUCCAUUGCCGAACCAGCGCAAGACGCCCCCCAUGCCCGUGUUGACCCCUGUGCACACCAGCAGCAAGGCCCUCCUCUCCACGGUCCUCUCCAGGUCUCAGCGCACAACCCAGGCUGCUGGCAGCAAUGUCACCUCCUGCCUGGGCUCGACCUCCUCCCCCUUUGUCAUAUUUCCUGAGAUCGUGAGGAAUGGAGACCCGAGCACCUGGGUGAAAAACUCCACCGCGCUGAUCAGCACCAUUCCUGGCACCUAUGUGGGAGUGGCCAACCCAGUGCCUGCAUCUCUGCUGCUGAACAAAGACCCCAACCUGGGCCUCACCCGAGACCCCCGCCAUCUCCCCAAGCAGGAACCCAUCUCCAUCAUCGACCAAGGAGAGCCCAAGAGCGCCAGCGCCGCAUGCGGCAAGAAGGGCAGCCAGGCUGGUGCCGAGGGACAGCCAAGCACAGUCAAAACCCGCUUCACCCCGGCGCGCAUUGCCCCGGGGCUGCCAGGAUGCCAAACCAAGGAGCUCUCUCUGUGGAAGCCCACGGGGCCGGCCAAUAUUUAUCCACGGUGUUCAGUCAACGGGAAACCCACCAGCACCCAGGUCCUGCCUGUUGGCUGGUCACCAUACCACCAAGCGUCUCUGCUUUCCAUUGGCAUUUCCAGUGCUGGGCAGCUGGCUCCUGGCCAGGGGGUGCCCAUCAGACCCACCAGCGUGGUUUCGGAGUUUUCCGGUGUGCCGCCCGUGGGCUCCGGAGAAGCCGUGCACGGACUUCCUGACGGGCAGCCCCGGCCCGGGGGCCCUUUCACUCCAGAGCAGGACGCUGUCACAAAGAGCAAAACUUGCCGGAUUGCUGCCAAGCCUUACGAAGACCAAGUCAGCCCUGUCCUCUUGACUCUCAGCCCUCAGACAGGGACCCUGGCACUGUCUGUUCAGCCUAGCAGUGGGGACAUGAGGGUGAAUCAGGGGCCCGAGGAAUCAGAGAGUCACCUCUGCCCUGACAGCACUCCUAAGAUGGAGGGCCCCCAGGGUGCUUGUGGCCUGAAACUGGCAGGAGACACAAAGCCUAAGAACCAAGUGCUGGCCACCUACAUGUCCCAUGAGCUGGUCCUGGCCACCCCUCAGAACCUGCGCAACAUGCCUGAGCUGCCUUUGCUACCUCAUGACAGCCACCCCCAGGAACUCAUCUUGGACGUGGUUCCGAGCAGCAAGAGGGGCUCCAGCUCGGAGCUUUCCCAGCUUGGGAACCAGGUGGAUCUAGGGCGGGUGAAAACGGAGAAGGUAGAUGGUGAUGUGGUCUUCAAUUUAGCUCCCUGCUUCCGGGCCGACGGCCUCCCAGCUGCUCCCCCGCGGGGCCAGGCGGAAGGGAGGCCCAAGGCCGGGCAGGCUCGUGUGAAACGGGAAAGCAUGGGGGUUGUUGCUUGCAAGAACAAGUGGCAGCCCGAAGACGGGCCAGAAUCUGUGCCUCCCAAGAAGAAAUGUGGUAAAGAGAAGGAAGGUGAAGAGCAGCAGCAGCCGCAGGCUAAGCCCGGAGUCCGGAGUUCCGUUGGACCCAAGUGCCGGAAGCCGUCCAGUGACCCCCAGGAACUCACCAAGAAAAGCCCCAGGGGGUCUUCAGAUUCAGGAAAAGAGCACAACGGAGUCAGGGGAAAGCACAAGCAUCGGAAGCCAACGAAGCCGGAGUCCCAGUCCCCAGGAAAGCGAACCGACGGUCAUGAGGAAGGCUCCAUGGAAAAGAAAGCAAAGAGCAGUUUCCGUGACUUCAUCCCCGUGGUUCUGAGUACCCGGACGCGCAGUCAGUCUGGAAGCAUCUGCAGCUCCUUUGCUGGGAUGGCAGACAGCGACAUGGGAAGUCAGGAAGUCUUCCCCACCGAAGAGGAGGAGGAGGUAGCCCCCACGCCAGCCAAGCGGCGAAAGGUGAGAAAGACCCAGCGGGACACCCAGUAUCGUAGCCAUCAUGCCCAGGACAAGACCUUGCUGAGCCAGGGCCGCAGGCACCUGUGGCGAGCCCGAGAGAUGCCCUGGAGGACAGAGGCUGCCCGGCAAAUGUGGGACACCAAUGAAGAAGAGGAGGAAGAAGAGGAGGAGGGCCUGGUGAAGAGGAAGAAACGGAGACGGCAGAAGAACCGGAAAUAUCAGACUGGGGAGUACCUGACCGAACAAGAAGAAGAGCAGCAGCGGAAGGGGAGAGCAGAUUUAAAGGCCCGUAAGCAGAAGACUUCCUCCCAAAGUUCGGAGCACUGUCUCAGGAACAGGAACCUUCUCUUGCCCACCAAAACCCAGGGGAUCUCGGAUUCACCAAAUGGUUUCCUCCCAAAUAAUCUGGAGGAGCCAGCCUGCCUUGAAAACUCUGAAAAGCCAUCAGGAAAACGGAAGUGCAAGACCAAGCACAUGGCAAACGUCUCAGAAGAGACAAAGGGCAAAGGUCGUUGGAGCCAGCAGAAGACCCGCUCUCCCAAGUCUCCCACCUCAGCGAAACCCACAGAACCAUGCACACCCUCCAAGUGCCGAAGUGCCGGCCCAGAGGAGGCCUCAGAGUCACCCACAGCCCGACAGAUCCCCCCAGAGGCCCGGCGGCUCAUAGUGAACAAAAAUGCCGGCGAGACCCUCCUGCAGCGGGCAGCACGUCUCGGCUAUAAGGACGUGGUCAUGUACUGCCUCCAGAAAGACAGCGAGGACGUGAACCACCGCGAUAACGCGGGCUACACCGCCCUGCACGAGGCCUGUUCCCGGGGCUGGACCGACAUUCUGAACAUCCUACUGGAGCAUGGCGCCAACGUGAACUGCAGCGCACAGGACGGCACCAGGCCAGUUCAUGAUGCAGUGGUCAACGACAACCUGGAGACCAUCUGGCUCCUGCUGUCCUAUGGGGCUGAUCCCACACUGGCCACCUACUCGGGUCAGACGGCCAUGAAGCUGGCCAGCAGUGACACCAUGAAGCGCUUCCUCAGUGAUCACCUCUCAGAUCUUCAGGGCCGGGCCGAGGGGGAUCCUGGUGUCUCCUGGGAUUUUUACAGCAGCUCCGUGUUGGAGAAAAAAGAUGGGUUUGCGUGUGACCUCCUCCGUAAUCCUCCUGGGAAUGCUGAGCAAGAAGGAAAUGAUGGGGAAGAGGACGACUUCAUGUUUGAACUCUCAGACAAGCCUCUUCUCCCUUGCUACAACCUCCAAGUGUCAGUAUCCCGCGGGCCCUGCAACUGGUUCCUCUUUACGGACGUCCUGAAGAGGCUGAAGCUCUCCUCAAGGAUCUUUCAGGCCCGAUUCCCGCACUUUGAAAUCACCACCUUGCCCAAGGCUGAGUUCUUCAGGCAGGUGGCCUCCAGUCAGCUGCUGAGCCCCGCCGAGCGGCCCGCGGGCAUGGACGACAGAUCCCCCCCAGGCGCCUCGGAGACUGUGGAGCUGGUGCGCUAUGAGCCAGACCUGCUCAGGCUCCUGGGCUCUGAGGUGGAAUUCCAGUCUUGGAGCAGCUGACCAGGGAACCAGCCCCAGCCCUUUUCUUCUUUCUCCUCCCAAGUUCACCCUCCCCCCACCUCCCAUGUCUUUCCCCCCACCGAGCACCAGACUGCAGAAUGAGGCAAUAAUACGGACCAACAAGAAGCCGCCUUAUUAAUGCCAGCAUUAGUGACUGGAUCUGUUUGUUUGUUUUUGGGUUCCAAUUAGUUCUCAUCUCCCUGUCAUUGUUGUUGUGGUUGGUGAUGGGGGUGGAAAGUUGAACUCCGCGUCUGAGGACAGGAGGAGGUCCCGGGGAUGGGGGUGGGGUGGGAGGUGGCGCCAGGGUCCUUUGGACUGGCCUCCUUGUGUGUGACGCGGGGCCUGAGGAGAAAUGAGAAAAGCCCAAAAUCUCUGAGCGCCCUCCCCUCCCCCCAUCGCCCUGCGCUCUUCUGUCUUCCAUAGUAUUUAUUUUAUUAGUAUUUAAUUUGUAUUGUUUCCUUGGUUUCUGAUAAGUCUGUAUCACUGUGACGAUUUGAGACAACUUUGUUGUAUUGAGGGAUGUUCUUGACCUUUUCUUUCUCGAUAAGCUCCGGGGCUGCUCCCUCCCUCUGACCCAAGUUAGUCCCAGGUCGGUCCCCCCCCCCGACCCCCUGCGGGGGUGACACGUGGUGGGGGGACUUCAGCUGGGUCUGAUGCAGCUGGGGGUACAUGCCGAGGCUUUGGUGCUCCCCUCUCCCCCCGGGUUCUCCUCCUGCUCACCCCUGUCCUUUGCAGCAGCCCGGCUGUCUCCCUGUGGCAGUGAGGAGCCUGGAGGGUGGGUCCGAGGGGUCCCAGUACCGCCGCCUCACUUUCUUCACUGCUCCCCUCAGAGUGCACAAUGAGGGCUUCUUCCUGCACCCUUCCUGUGACCGCCCCCCCAUACGGAGCCUCGCACCUCCCAGCCCUCUUGCCCCGUCUCUACCCCUUCCCACACCCCUGGUACCCCUUUCCCCUCUCUCCUCCCUCCUCUUUUCUCCCGCUUCCCCCAGAUUCCCCCUGGCAUCUGCACAGAUGUGAGAUCCAGGAUCAGCUGUCUCCCAGGCAAGAGCCCAAGACUGGCAUCCAGUCCGCGCCCCGCUCCUUCCCGGGGGCUGGGCUGAGCGGGUGGACCCCGCCAGGCUCUCCCGCUGGGCUCUGGGCCUCCAGUGCUGGGUUUAUACGGGAGAGGGAGAGAGAAGAGCCAAGGAUCCAGGAUCACUUCCCUGCCCCCCCCCCCAUGGCGUGGCGCUGUCUUUCCCGCUGUCGUCCUUAUUUUUCUACCAAUGGCUAUUUUUCCGAACAAUCCUUGUAGAGAGUUUGUACCAUUCAAAGGCGGGAGGGCCUUGCAGUGGCUGGCCCUGGUUGGAGAUGGUACAGUUUUAUUGUACAGGUGCUAAAACAACAACAACAAAAGAAAACGGAAAAACAAAACAAAACAAAAAGACAAAAAAAGGAAAAAAAAAAAAGCCAGUUUGAGGAUGGGACAAUCUGUUCUCUGGAGGCUCCGAACCCAUGCCGGAGCGUUGGUGGUUAUUUUCUUUGUAUUGUGUCUGUUCCCCAGGGGAAGUUCUGGGCCCCCCUCUGUAGGACUGCUCCCCACCCCCUCCAUACUGCCCAGUUGGUUUUGAACAAUUGUUUUCCCUUUAAAAAAAAAACAAAAUAUAUAUAUAUAUAUAUAUAUAUAUAAAGUUGAGGGGUUUUGAAUUUUAAUUUUUGAUUUUGUUGAGGUUGCCAGUAUUGUGUGGUUUAUGUUUUAUGUUUGCCUUUACCUUUUUUUUUUCAUUUUGCAUUUGGGUGUGAUUUCUGGCUGCCUGUUUUGUUUCAUUUGAAGCAAAUGGUUGUGGAGUCAAAAACACUUGCAUACUGAAAAAACCUGU